AAAAACAAUUGGUGCAAAUAAUAAUACUCGGGCUUUAAAGCCCACGGGUUGUUAAUUGCCUGGAACUUGGAUGGGUUAGUUCCUUUACGGCGUCGGUGAAUCCGUGUUUGAGCGGUCAACGGUCAAUUUCGAAAGUUCGCCGAGAAAGCAAGGUUGUUGUUCAACAUUAUUAACAUUCUUCCUUCUCUUGGAACCAUUUGAACUAUCUUCAAAACGAUAAUUGUUGUAUAAUACACUCAUCAAUCUAGAGAGAAUUAGUUAUGGCCAUGGAUUUCCAAAACAGAAAGGCUCGGUUAUUCGUAAUUGUCGCCGCCAUCGUUGCUCUUAGUAUCACAGCUGAAAAAUGCAGGGAGCUUAUUGGCGAGGAGGGGUCAUCCCAGAGUGGAAAGUUCACAUUAUUAAACUGUUUUGACAUGGGUUCUGGAACGUUGGCAUGUGCUGUCAAAGAAGGCGUCAAACUCUAUUUUUACAGUAUUAGAUCUACUCAUGUUGAAAAAGCAAGGCAACGAGCAAUCGAGUCUGCACUUGUUGACGCUGUUAGUCAAGGGAUGCCCCCAACAGAUGCAGCAAAACAUGCGCAGAAAGAAAGUAAAAAGGCCGCGAAAUUGGCUUCUCGUCAAGCCAAGCGGAUUAUUGGCCCCAUCAUCUCUUCUGGAUGGGACUUUUUCGAAGCUAUUUAUUAUGGUGGUACAAUCACAGAAGGGUUCCUUAGAGGUACUGGCACUUUGUUUGGUGCAUACGGGGGAGGGUUCUUUGGGGAGCAAAGCCUUGGCAGAAUUGGCUAUCUUGUUGGAAGUCACAUGGGCAGUUGGGUUGGUGGCAGAAUAGGAUUAAUGAUUUAUGAUGUGAUUAACGGAGUGCAUUUGUUGUUGGAAUUUGUUCAAACAGGUGAAAUUGAAGUUCGUAAAACAUUAGUUCAUGAAAACUCUGACGCUCCAUAUACUUCUUUUGAUGGCGAAGUUCCUACUUUUGACCGCUCUGAACGUUCCAGUUCGUAUGAGUCAUCUCCCACUGAAGAAUCCAAUGCGGAUGAAUCUAUGGAAUAUCAGAGCUAUGAAACAAAUUCGGAACUGUGAUGAAAAUUUUGAAGUUCAUAUAAUGAUAUAUGUUCAAAAUUUAGGUGGGCUUCAAUUUCAAUGUCUCUGCUUCAGCAGUGUGUAUAAAUUUCACCUCUAUUUUUUUAAAGCAUAAAUGCACAUUUUCCACUGCAUAUA